CACCGGGCGUUAGCCACUCGUCAGCACGAAGUCGAAGAUGUACCUUGUACCGGUCUUAUUCUCCGUUGUACUUCUUGCUGCUGCCAACAGUGCUAAGAAAUACCGAGACUGCAAACCCGAGGCAAAGGACCAAGUUGCAUGGGAGUUCUCGAACAGAUGGUGAAGGCGCUUGAGAAGGAGACCUUCUACCUCUUCAAGGCAACUUCCGACCGCUUGAAAAAAUGUACGUACAUGAAGGUAAAUGAGACGAAGGAUGAUGAUCAUCACAAUGGGACAUUGCUCACCAGAGGCGGAUUAGGGAGAAGAGAAGAGGUAACAACCGUUGUUGGAGAGGGCAAUCGUCUCAAUUUUGGCAGCGUAGAAUUCGGUUCCUUUCCUGUAUUGUACACCGACAACUCCACCUGUAGUGUUUUUGCCUCACCAGAUGAGAAAGAUGUGUUCCUGUGGGUCGCUGGCAGCACCGCAGCAAACGCUACUUUUGAUGCGUGCUGCAAGAAAGUCUUCAAAAGGGAAGUGAGGAAUGCCAACCAGACCAUAUACCACAAGUUCUCCAAGGCGUGCCUCAAGUCUUCUAAGUCUCCGUGAACUAUUAGUGUUUUGUGAGACGCUCUCCCCCCCUCCCCGAAACCAUAUGAAGUAAAAUAAACAAAAUGUAACCGUGUAGUGCA